GUUUUGACUAUCACAAUACUCAACCGCAAACGGUUUUCUCUUUGUGGCGCACACACCACAACACUCCUCUCAGCAACCACAACCGUUUCCACCGUAACCGAAAGCUCUCGCCGUCGCAAUGGACCUUCUCCGGCUAGGGUUUCUCACCUCGCUCUCUCUAUUACAGGUUUGGCUAAUUUUAUCUUCUGUAGAAGCUGACGAUUCAUCCACAAGGCUUCUUUUGGCAUCCAAUGCCGAAACGCCAGGGGAAAGACAUUCUGAGGAUUAUUGUGCAAUGUAUGACAUUUGUGGAACACGCAGCGAUGGUAAAGUAUUGAACUGUCCAUUUGGUUCCCCAGCUGUAAAGCCAGAUGAUUUGCUUUCGUCUAAGAUCCAAAGUAUGUGUCCAACAAUUACUGGGAACGUUUGCUGUACAAAAGCUCAAUUUGACACAUUGCAGACACAAGUGCAACAGGCAAUUCCUUUUCUUGUAGGUUGUCCAGCUUGCUUAAGAAACUUCUUGAAUCUGUUCUGUGAGCUUACAUGCUCUCCAAAUCAGAGUUUAUUCAUCAAUGUGACUUCAGUUGACAAGGCUGGUGGUAAUUCGACAGUGGGUGGGAUUGAUUAUUUUGUAAGUGAUGCUUUUGGUGAAGGGUUAUAUGAGUCCUGCAAGGAUGUGAAGUUUGGCAGCAUGAACUCUCGAGCUAUACAAUUUAUUGGUGCCGGUGCUCAAAAUUUUAAAGAGUGGUUUGCUUUUAUUGGUAGAAAAGCAGCCCCUAAUAGUCCCGGUUCACCAUAUGCGAUUAUGUUCCGGCCUAAUGCAACCAAGUCAUCUGGGAUGAAACCUAUGAAUGUUUCAGCUUAUUCAUGCAGUGAUACUUCUCUUGGCUGUUCUUGUGGUGACUGUCCUUCAUCUUCAGUAUGCUCUAAUUCAGCUUCAACUACCAUCAAUAAGGCGAAUUCCUGCUCCAUAAAAGUGGGGAGUUUAACGGUGAAGUGCGUUGACUUUAUUUUGGCAGUCUUAUACAUAAUACUAAUUUGUGUGUUCUUGGGUUGGGCACUGUAUCAUCGUAUAAGGGAAAGAAAGAUGACCUAUCGAACAGAACCAGUGUCCAAUGUCAUUAGUGGUGGUGUGUUGUAUGCUCGUAAUCAGGAGAAGGAUGAAAACCUCCCAAUGCAGAUGAUUGAAGAUGUUCCACAAAACAGAAAUGGAGUCCGGCUCUCAGUUGUGCAAGGAUACAUGUCAAAUUUUUACAGGAAAUAUGGAUCACUUGUAGCUAGACAUCCAAUUAACGUCUUGGCUUUAACUCUGGCUAUAGUUCUUUUACUUUGUCUUGGUCUAAUUCGAUUCAAGGUUGAGACACGGCCUGAGAAACUCUGGGUUGGACCUGGGAGUAAAGCAGCACAAGAGAAGCAGUUUUUUGAUAGCCAUCUUGCUCCAUUUUACAGAAUUGAACAGCUCAUACUGGCAACAGUCCCAGAUCAUAUGAAUAGCACAUCACCAAGAAUUGUAUCUGCGGACAACAUCAGAUUUCUGUUCGAAGUACAAAAGAAGGUUGACGCAAUUCGUGCUAAUUAUUCUGGCUUAAUGGUAUCUCUCCAAGACAUCUGUAUGAAGCCACUAGACAAAGAUUGUGCCACUCAAAGUGUCCUGCAGUACUUCAAAAUGGACCCUAGAAAUUUUGAUGAUAGUGGGGCAGUUGAGCAUCUCAAUUACUGUUUCCAGCAAUAUUCCUCAGCAGAUCAAUGCAUGAGCGCAUUUAAAGCUCCUCUUGAUCCUAGCACCGUGUUAGGAGGUUUUUCUGGGAAAGACUAUUCUGGGGCAUCCGCUUUUAUUGUAACUUAUCCGGUAAAUAAUGCUAUUGAUGAAGAAGGUAAUGAAACAGCAAAAGCAGUUGCUUGGGAGAAGGCCUUUAUUCAGUUGGUGAAGGAUGAACUGUUACCAAUGGCGCAAUCAAGGAAUUUGACGCUUGCUUUUUCGUCUGAAAGCUCCAUUGAGGAAGAGUUGAAAAGAGAAAGUACUGCUGAUGCUAUUACUAUAUUGGUUAGCUACCUUGUGAUGUUUGCUUAUAUAUCUCUUACUUUAGGAGAUACACCCCAUCCUUCUUCUUUCUAUAUUUCUUCAAAGGUAUUGCUUGGUCUUUCAGGAGUAAUUCUCGUUAUGCUGUCUGUCCUUGGAUCAGUUGCCAUUUUUAGUGCCCUUGGUGUAAAAUCUACUCUGAUCAUUAUGGAAGUUAUCCCAUUUCUUGUUCUAGCUGUUGGGGUGGAUAAUAUGUGCAUCCUAGUUCAUGCUGUGAAAAGGCAACCGCUGGAAUUGCCUUUAGAAGGAAGAAUAAGCAAUGCGCUUGUGGAAGUUGGACCAUCAAUAACACUGGCUAGUCUGUCAGAGGUGUUAGCUUUUGCAGUUGGAAGCUUUAUUUCCAUGCCUGCAUGCCGUGUCUUUUCCAUGUUUGCUGCAUUGGCAGUUCUUUUGGAUUUUGUCCUGCAAGUUACUGCUUUUGUAGCUCUGAUAGUUCUUGACUCUCAGCGAGCAGAGGAUAAGAGAGUUGAUUGUUUUCCAUGCAUAAAAGUGCAUUCAUUUCAUGCAGACCCUGAUAAAGGUAUUAGACAAAGGAAACCUGGUUUAUUGGCUCGAUAUAUGAAGGAGGUUCAUGCUCCCAUUCUUAGUAUUUGGGGAGUAAAAAUAGUUGUCAUCGCUAUUUUUGUGGCAUUUGCAUUGGCUAGCAUUGCAUUGAGCACUAGAAUUGAACCUGGUUUAGAGCAGGAGAUUGUUCUUCCCCGAGAUUCGUAUCUUCAGGGCUAUUUCAAUAAUGUUUCAGAAUAUCUUAGAAUUGGACCACCUUUGUAUUUUGUUGUAAAGAACUAUAACUACAGCUCAGAAUCAACUCAUACAAAUCAGCUUUGCUCCAUUAGCCAAUGCAAUUCAGACUCUCUUUUAAAUGAGAUAUCUAAGGCGUCUCUAGUACCAGAGACGAGUUAUAUUGCCAAGCCAGCUGCCUCGUGGCUUGAUGAUUUUCUUGUGUGGAUAUCUCCAGAAGCAUUUGGAUGCUGCAGGAAGUUCACAAAUGGGAGUUAUUGCCCUCCUGAUGAUCAGCCUCCAUGUUGUGCUCCUGAAGAUGACUCUUGUGUUUCUGGAGCAUGUAAAGAUUGCACAACGUGUUUCCGUCACUCAGAUCUUCGUAAUGAUCGUACAUCUACAAUGCAAUUUAGGGACAAACUCCCAUGGUUUCUUAGUGCUUUGCCAUCUGCUGAUUGUGCAAAAGGUGGUCAUGGGGCGUACACCAGCAGUGUUGAUUUGAAAGGCUAUGACAGUGGCAUUAUUCAAGCAUCAUCGUUCCGUACAUAUCACACCCCACUCAACAAGCAGGUUGACUAUGUUAAUUCCAUGAGGGCUGCUCGAGAGUUCAGUUCAAAAGUUUCUGAUUCUUUGAAGAUUGAGAUUUUCCCAUAUUCAGUGUUCUAUAUGUUUUUUGAGCAAUACCUUAAUAUAUGGAAGACUGCACUGGUCACUCUUGCUAUAGCUAUUGGUGCAGUAUUUAUUGUGUGCUUGGUUAUCACAUGCAGUUUGUGGAGUUCAGCAAUCAUUUUGUUGGUUUUGGCUAUGAUUGUUGUUGAUCUUCUGGGUGUGAUGGCCAUUCUUAAUAUCCAGUUGAAUGCUGUCUCGGUGGUCAACCUAGUUAUGUCAGUGGGCAUUGCUGUCGAGUUUUGUGUGCACAUCACCCAUUCUUUCACUGUAGCAAGUGGGGACAAAGAUCAACGUGUUAAGGAGGCUCUGGGUACAAUGGGUGCUUCAGUCUUCAGUGGUAUCACACUAACAAAAUUGGUUGGAGUUAUUGUUCUUUACUUCUCAAGAACAGAAGUUUUUGUGAUUUAUUACUUUCAGAUGUACUUGUCGUUAGUACUUCUUGGUUUUCUGCACGGACUUGUUUUCUUGCCGGUGGUAUUAAGCAUCUUUGGUCCACCUUCAAGAUGUACUAUCAUUGAACAAGAGGAAAAUCGUUCAUCAACUUCUUCAUAGCUAUAAACUUUCAAUCAUCUGUAAAGUACAGGAUGCUUUAGGCGGAAAAGAAGAUAGGAAGCAUACCAGUUUUGACAUGUUCGCUACGAAACUUAUAUAUAUGACCCUUUGGAAUCCAUUUAGUAAUCUCUUGCUUGUAAGGCUACGGUGAAAGUUCAUGAAAUACAAAUUUAAAUCGUAGGACUGUGGAAGAAAAAGAAAGUUCUGUAACACGUUAGUGUAAUUAUUAGUUAUUACAGUCAAAUAUUUAACAUGUAUUAAGUAUAAUUGAUAUUUUCAUUUUAACAAGUUAUCUUUCCUUUA